AUUCGAAGUCUCUUGAAAGACUGAAAAGAAAGACGAUUGAACACUGGAAGGGCAGGACCUGGACACGGGACUGGCGUCAGGGCGAAGAACCGACUUGAACACUCACGCCCUAGUUUGCUCAAGGCGCCUUUUACCUCACAAACUCACGGAGGAUACCCGAGCAACCAAUUUUCUGGGGAAAAUAUUACGAGAAUAAAAUGUUCCAGAAAAACAGAAACAAAACUGGAAAAGUCUGAGUGAAAGUGAGGAUUUGUGAAGUUCCAAUCUUUGUAUAGCCUAUUAGUAGCUCGAAUGUAAGGCUGAUUACCAUUUCACUUGGAGCGACGGUCCAGGCAAUGGACACUUUUUUGGAGGAAGCCCUUUCGAUAUCGUCAUAAUUCUUUAUACUGGAAUUGAUCACAAUUAACCCUUGCAAUGAAGGGUCGGAUUUUAUUUACUUGCAUGCUGGUUUGCGUGUUCCUGUGGUCGUCCAGUGGUCAGAACUCCGCACCAGAAGCAGUGUUGAACUGCUGUGAAGGUGACGUCCUCUUCCUAUUGGACUCCUCGGGCAGCGUCUCAUCAUAUGACUACUCCCGCAUGCUGGGCUUUCUGUCCGAGCUCCUCCUUCCCUUCUCAUUGGGUGAGGACCAGGUGAGGGUGAGCCUUUUGCAGGUGGGCACCCAACCCCGCCUUGAGUUUGGUUUUGACAGCCACAAUAGCCAAACUGGCCUACAGGGGGCACUGGGGAACACCAAGCCUCUGAGGGGCGACACCAACACAGAGGAGGCCCUCAGGAUAGCCAAGGACUGGGUGCUGAAGCCCGGUGGUGGUGCGGGGGCCAGGGAAGAACUCCCCAGAGUUCUAGUGUGGCUGACGGAUGGGGUGAAGCCGGGUGAUGUGAUUGGACCAAUGGAGAAGCUGAGAGAGGAGGGCGUGGCUGUUCUGGUGAUCUCCACGGGCCACGGGAACUACCAGGUGCUGCGGCAGGUGGUCACCCCUCCUGUGGAGUCACACUUGUACUUUGUGGACAUUGACGAUAUGAGUAUCAUCACUGAGGACCUGAGGGAUGCCAUUAUUGAGAUCCUCCGGGCUGAACGGCUCCAGGUGCGAGACGUGUCCACAGACAGCGCCAUGCUGCAGUGGCGACCGGUUCUGGCCGGUUUGACCGGUUACUAUGAGAUCAGGGUUGGACCGGCGCCCAGUCUAGGAGUGAGCGAAAGAGAUGCAGGGGAGACUGGUACCAGCCCCAGUACCAGUGGUAGUCAGUACCAGCGACUGACCCGGCCAGGGGACUCCAGCACCGCCAGGCUGAUGGGCCUGAAACCAGACACCACAUACAUGGCCACACUGACUCCCAAGUCCAACCUACAGGUGCUCAACCCCCUCUCUGUCACCUUCACCACUAAUCCAGUCUCCUCAGAGGUGUUGAGCCCGGCUGUGGUGACGGUGUCUGACUCGGGGGCCAACAGUGUGAGGGUGAGCUGGGGUCCUCUGCAGCCAGAGUCUGUCCAGAGUUUCCAGGUGGAGUACAUGGCCCUGUCGGGGGGGAAGCUCCACAUGACUACUGUGGGCCAAGGGCAGAACUCCACCGUGCUGACCAACCUCCAGCCAGACACCCAGUACCUGGUCACCGUGAGCGCGCGGCACUCCUCCGGCCGGGAGAGGGCCAUGUCUGUCAAAGUGUGCACUGAGGAGGUGAGGCCGGCUCUAGCAGACCUGCAGCUGACCACGGUGGGCAGUGACUCUGUGCAGGUGGACUGGAAAGCCAGCGUGGACGGCCUCAGAGGCUACUGGCUCACCUGGGAGGGACAGGGCAUCCACGGCUCUACCGCUGCCCCGCGCUCCUCCCUCUACUUGCCUUCCAACUCACUGUCCACGCGCCUCACACACCUGCCCCCCACCACCCGAGUGUGUGUGUCGCCCGUCUACCGGACGGCACGCGGGGAGGGCCUCUGCUGCAUGGCCCAGUUUCAUUCAGAUGCAUCGGUUUGGGGCCACAGAUCAUAACAUUGCUGAGCUCAACAGGCACUAUGCCAAGGAUGGAGGGAUGAAGGAGAAGAAGAGAUAGAAGAACAAUGCAUCUGAACCUGCAUCCCUCCUUCAGUUCAUUCUUUCCUUUCUGGACAAGACACAAGGCCUUUGGCUUGCUGUCUAAUAGAUACUGAUACGCUAGAUAGAUAGAUAGAUAGGCUUGCUGUACUAUAAAGAUCUUGCUCUAUUAGUAAGCAUCCUAACUGAGUUGUGUUGCUAUCUCCAGCGAUAUAGACAUCUUGAUUUUCACAUUUACUUUGCAUUGCCUAAAACCUGUAAUCACACUGUAAACAUGUUUGUUUUAGAUAUAAGAUGUAGAGAGUGGCCAAGCAUUUCAGUCUAGAUCAAGGUCAUUCUGCUUGACGGUAUUUUGCAUAAUGUCGUUUUAAUCAACAAGACCCACCGGGCACAGACGUGUUGAUUUACAUUUGGUGAUUUACUAACUUGAAUUCAACAGAAAAUGUCACCAUGUCAUUGGAUUUAUGUUAAAAGUUGGGUGAAAAAACAUGAAAUUCCCUUACGUUGAUGACUUUUUGCAAAUCCAAUCAGUUUUCUACAUUGAUUCAACAUCGUCUCAUACAUUUUUGAUGUUGUUGAAAUGACGUGGAAACAACGUUGAUUCAACCAGCUUUUACCCAGUGGGGAGGAAUGUAUUUUAACACAUUUUUUCUAGCUUCUACAAUACACAAGGAGCAACCAUGUUUGCAAAAUAAUCGGAAUAUUUCCCAAAGCACCCACUCGUAAUAUUUUAGUAACACUUAAUACAUGUGUGCCAACUCAGUGUAGACUUUAAUUGAAGGGCAAAUGGACACAGAAUCCUUAAUAACAGAGAGGAACCCCUCUAAACCAAUGAAAAAGCUGAUUCUCUACAUUGCUGCACUGAUAAAACACAGACAAGAUGUUCUACCAGUGAGAUGUUGCAGAUGUUUUUUCGAUAAAGGAUCAAUCUGAUAUUUUCCAGGAUUGUUUUGACCCAUCACUACCAAGAUUUAUACAUGGAGGACUUACAUUGGAUGAUAUUGUAUAUUCAGUGAUACAGGUUGGCCAUUUCACAACGGUGCAUAGAUCUGCAGAGGAAAUAGAAGAAUUCUUCUACCAAAUUCCUUGGACCGUAUUCAUACUGUAGGUGUAAUGUUUCUACAUCAUUUCAACAACAAAAAAUCUAAGCGAUGUCGUUAAAUCAACGUGGAAAACUGAUUGGAUUUGCAAAAAGUCAUCAACGUAAGGAAAUUCCGUCUCUUUUUCACCCAACUUGUAACUUAAAUCCAAUGACAUGGUGACAUGUUAUGUUGAUCCCACAUUGACUUCAUGUUAGUUGACAACUCAACCAAAUGUAAAUUAAAAAUAGACGUUGAACUGACGUAUGUGCCGUGCGGUGGCUCUGUUAUCAGCUGGUUUCUGCUGCCUCCCUGUGGAAGUUGUACUGAUGUGUUUUAGAUCAUUUUUAGAUGGUUUCAAUGUUGGUUUCAUAUUCAAUACAUUGAGAGUUGUUCAUCACUAUAUUAAAUGAACUAGUUUUACAACA